CCCAUUUUCAAAAAAAUUCCUCCACUCCCUUCCGCCCACGGCGUUCUUUAGGACCAGCCCGUGUGCCUUAACCCUCUUCCUCCUCCCUCCAUGGAUUCCUCUCAAAACCCCCACCACUCAUGGCGCAAGUUAGCACCGACCCGUGACACCCAAACCCAAAACCCUACUCCUCCAUCUUCUUCUUCAUCUGCCGAAGACGAUGACAUGUUCCUCGUCGGCUUCGUUAUCGUCAACAUCGUCGGCCUCAAGCACUACUCGGGCACGAUCAACGGUCGAGAGAUGGUGGGUCUUGUCCGCGACCCUCUCAAUCCCUACGAUCCCAACGCCAUCAAGGUCCUCAACACCCGCACCCACCAGGUCGGCUACAUCGAACGGUCCUCCGCUUCUGUCCUCUCUCCCCUCAUCGAUUCCUCCCUCGUCAUCGUCGAAGGCAUCGUCCCCAAACCCCCCAAGAAUCGAAACCCUUACAAGCUCCCCUGCCAGAUCCACAUCUUCUCCUCCCAUACUUCAAUCCCCACUGUCCAAUCCGUCAUCUCCGCCAGCGAGUUAUUCCUGAUCACCGACUCCGACCCCACGUUCGGCCUCUCGGAAGCUGUGAUUGUCAAGGAGAGGAAUCCAAAGAAAGGUCUGCGCAGCAUCGAUGAGAUCUUCGCAUUGGUGGGCCCUGACGGGAAGGGUAAGGGUUCGGCACGGAAGGUCGUGGUUCCACCGAAGGACGUUAUCACGUCAGAGCUGUUCUUACAUCAGAAGGAAGGGUUGGCGUGGUUGGCAGAUAGGGAGAAUUCUUGUGAGCUCCCUCCAUUUUGGGAGGAGAAGGAUGGGGUUUAUAUGAAUGUGUUGACGAAUUACCAGACACAUGAGCGACCUGACCCUCUGCGGGGUGGGAUUUUUGCUGAUGAUAUGGGGUUGGGAAAGACCCUCACGUUGCUUUCCUUGAUCGCGAUGAACAGGCCAGGUAAUGCUCUCCCUGAUUCGCUUGAUAUAGAUGAAUACAGUAAUGUACAAAAUGUAGGAAAUGGUAAGAGAUCAAAAAACAGUAAAAAAGUUGUGGGUUCACGUAAAAAACGUAAAAUUGAUGAAGGGGGUGGAGAUUCGGGCACAAGGACGACGUUGGUUGUGUGCCCACUGACAGUUUUUUCGACAUGGAUAACACAGUUAGGAGAACAUACGAGGCCUGGUUCCUUGAAAGUGUAUUUGUAUCAUGGAGAGCGAACAAGCGAUGCAAAGGAGCUUCGGAAGUUUGAUAUAGUGUUGACUACUUAUAGUACUCUGGCUGCGGAGGAGAAUUGGGAUGAAUCGCCGAUUAAGGAAAUUGAAUGGUGGAGAGUUAUUUUGGACGAGGCUCAUGUGAUUAAGAAUGUGGCGGCCAAGCAGAGCGAAGCCGUUAUUGGUUUGAAGGCUCAGAGGAGAUGGGCUGUCACGGGGACGCCCAUACAAAAUGGGUCACUUGAUUUGUUCUCUCUCAUGGCUUUCUUGAGAUUUCAGCCUUUCUCGAUCAAGAGCUACUGGCAAAGUCUGGUGCAACGCCCGCUCAAUCAAGGGAGUAAGAGUGGACUCUCACGUUUACAGGCCUUGAUGGGAACUAUUUCAUUACGAAGAACAAAAGAUUCUCACAGUGGCAAUGGGAGCUUGGUUGGACUACCACCUAAAACCGUAGAAACCUGUUUUGUGGAGCUUUCUCCUGAAGAGCGUGAACAGUAUGACAAGAUGGAAUUUGAGGCUAAGCAAACGGUUAACGAAUAUAUCCAUGCUGAGAGCGUAAUGCGAAAUUAUUCCACUGUUCUUCAUAUCAUAUUACGACUACGCCAGAUCUGUAAUGAUGUGGCCUUGUGCCCUUCUGAUGUUAGAUCGCUGCUACCAUCCAGUAGCAUUGAAGAUGUAUCUAACAAUCCAGACUUGCUGAUGAAGAUGGUCUCCAUGCUGCAAGAUGGAGACGACUUUGACUGCCCUGUUUGCCUCUGUCCCCCCACCAAAACCAUCAUCACUUGCUGUGCCCACAUCUUCUGCCGACCCUGCAUUCUGAAAACCCUCCAACGGCUCAACCCCCGUUGCCCCAUCUGCCGCCACCCCUUGUCCGAAUCAGACCUCUUCUCAGCCCCACCUCAAUAUUGUGAUGACAAUGACCCCCUAAUGUCUUCCGGGGAGUCCAGCUCUUCCAAGGUUUCUAUGUUGUUGAGACUGUUGGUGGCAUCCAGGGCUGAGAAUCCUUCCACGAAGUCGGUCGUGUUCUCUCAAUUCAGGAAGAUGCUGAUCUUGCUUGAAGAGCCAUUAAAGGCAGCUGGUUUCAGGAUCUUGCGCUUGGAUGGGUCUCUAAAUGCGAAAAGAAGAGCUGCAGCAAUCAAAGAAUUUGGAGAAAGAGACCAAGAUGCACCGACGGUGCUAUUGGCGAGUCUCAAAGUAGCUGGCACUGGGAUAAAUCUAACAGCAGCUUCGAGGGUGUACUUGAUGGAGCCAUGGUGGAACCCGGCGGUUGAGGAACAGGCCAUGGACCGGGUGCACCGGAUUGGACAGAAGGAUGAAGUGAAGGUGGUGAGGCUGAUUGUCCGGAACAGCGUCGAGGAAAGGAUAUUGGAGCUGCAAGAGAGGAAGAAGAACUUGGCGAAGGGAGCAUUUGGGAAGAGGGGUGGCAAGGAGCAGCGGCAGAUGCAUGUGGAGGACCUCCGCACCAUCAUGCGCUUGUGAGUUUAGCUAUGAUGCAUAUGCAUGCAUGGGCAUACACCCACAUGUCCAUAUCCAUCAUUCACAUGUUUUGCAUAUAUAUGGGCACGCUUUCGCGUGUGCACAUGUUUGGAGGGAUGAUCACCUACAAUGCAUUGCAGGAGUGGAAUUCAAUGCGGUGCAUGCACUAGUGCCGCCGUGAUGUGCAAGGAUGCAUUGUGGGUGAUCAUUCCUCAUUUUGUACAAUGUAUAUAUUGUGUGUGCCCAUAUACCAUGCAUGCAUAUACAUGCAUGUUAGGCUACAUCUUUUGUACAUGGCUAGAUGCGGAUGUGCUGUAGAUAGGGCUGUCAACGGGUUGGGCUUUGGGUUGGCUUCGGCCUAUAUUUUGAACUGUUUGGGCUGGGCCUAUUCAAAAUUUUGAUUUUGCCUGGCCUGAGCCUGCACCUUGACUGCCUAGCAGUAGAUAUCUGCAACUAUCUUUCUAUUACCAGAGGAAAAACGAAGUGGGAUUUUCA